AUCCCUUCAUUCUAUCUUCACUACUUGCUUUCUCCAUCUAAAAACCUCCAUUUUCUUUUAGCUUUAGCUCAGUCAGCACAACAUUACAAAGGACAAUAUUCUUAAUUUAAAUAUAUUCAGGCACUAGCAAUCAAGAAAAUUACAUCGAAAAGCAGGACAUGGCCCUAGAUCUUCAUUUCCGAGAGCAAAUAACAGAGACAGCUUUUGACGAGCGUGAUACUCCCUUAGAGAAGUGGAAGACGACGUGUGAUGAUGACCUCGAAGACAAUCCCUCUGGUGGUUUUGAUUGUAACAUAUGCCUGGAUUGUGUGCACGAUCCCGUGGUUACAUUUUGUGGUCACCUCUAUUGCUGGCCUUGCAUUUACAAGUGGAUUCAAUUCCAAAGCAUUCCUUCAGAAAAUUCGGAUCACCAACAGCCACAAUGCCCUGUUUGCAAGGCUGAAGUCUCACAGAAGACGUUGAUUCCACUCUAUGGCCGCGGCCAAGCUACAAAGCCAUCUGAAGAUGACGUUCAUAGUAAUGCUAUGGUCAUACCACAAAGACCUCCAAGUCUGAGAUGUGGCGGUCACACGGUGAUAACAACUACCAAUUCAUAUUCAUCCCAACAACUUCACCAUCGAAGUAAUUCGCCGCAGCCUCAAACUCAUCAGCCCUACAUGGCCUCACCCAUGCUCAGCUUUGGUGGCACGUCAUCAAAUGUGUUAAAUCCCAUGAUUGAGGAAAUGGUUUAUGCACGAGUAUUUGCAAACGCAUCACCAACGUUGUAUUCAUAUCCAAACUCAUAUCACCAAGCAGGGAGCAGUAGUUUGAGAAUGAGACGGCAACUAUUACUUGCUGAUAAAUCACUUGGUAGAGUAUAUUUUUUCCUCUUCUGUUGCGUAGUGGUAUGUCUGCUCUUGUUUUGACCACUUUUUCUGCUACAUUUGUAUACAUUUAGAAAUAUGAGUACAAUAGUGGAUGAUGAAAUAUACGGGCUUGGCUCAAUGUGACACGUCAAGGAAGCUUUUCCAUCUUUAUUCUGGCUAGGAUUUAAGUCAUAUGCACGGGCAAUGUAAAUAUUAUUUUACACUAUUAGCGAAUUUAACCUGUGAUAGCAAGUUAGUUACGGCCAUUUUUAUCCGAUUACCAAGUAGUUCAUAUCAAGAAACCUGUCUGUAAUUAUCUAAGAAGUGAUCUAAUUGUAUAAAAAUCUUUUGUUC